UUCUCCCAAACUUUCCUGGAUAACUUGACACCGCGACUUAAUUCGCCGUGGCCACAUCUGUGCUGCACAGCUUUUCGGAGUGACUGUCCCGUCGCCUCCUGCUGCGUCUCCUCCUGUGGGGAUAGAGGAGGAGGUGCGGGACCCUUUCAACGCUGCAGACCCCGGGACGUCGUCCAGCGCUGCAGUAAUCCAGCCGGAGAUCAGAUUAAGUUACUGGGGGUUGAUGGCAAUCGCGUCCCAGGGUGAAAGUCUGGUACCCAUUACAGAUAAUUUCAAAGGUGCUGUGAUAAUUCCAACACUUCCUGUGUCCGUAAUCUCUCCGGCCUGCAGAUGCAGAUCACUGAUCAAAGCCAGAAAUGCAGCUGCGUCCUCCGGGCCUAAUGAGGAAGAUCAAAGAAAUGAAACAGGGCCACUCUCAUAUCUCCAGAGUGCGGUUGUGUUUUUGCACAUCCUGCACAUGUUCAGUCAUCCUGUUCCUCCUGUUGCGGCCUGCAAUGCAACGAGUUCAGCCCGUGACUGAGACCAUGCCAGGUCCCUGCAGGAGGCCCGGGCUUACUGUCAGGCUGAUGGGGAUUAAAGCAUAAAGUUUUACCUGAGGAGGGCUCUGGACUAUGUAAGAGACAAUUAAGUGAGCGAGAGAGACCUAAACAACGGAGCAUGUUAUGUUUAUGUUACCAAAGCCAGUCUUAAGCGGAUCUGCGGGUACGCUGCGCGCAUAAGGCUUAAUAACCAAUAAUGCAAACACAGUAAUAGGAUCUGUGCUGCUGAGUAGAUCCAUAAAAAUAGAACAGCCCUUGGAGGAAGCAGAUUCUCUCGGCCUCAUCCCUCCAACAGAACAACCUGCUGCUUUUGUUCUGGAGUUGGAUGUUUUCAUAGUUUGCAAGGUAAAUGCUGUUUUUUUUUGUUUUGUUUUGUUUUGUUUUGCAUAGACUCUCAGUUACGCACCACACGGUGUGCAACAACAGGCCUGUAUGAGAAUUUUUCAUACGUAGAUUUAUUAAAAUAUAAGCCAACCUGAAGAUGUAACAUUGUGUGUGCUCACUGAAAGUUACUGAAAAUAUUAGCACUCUUAUUACCCUGCAGUGUUGCACAUUUACUUUAAAUUUAAUUUUAGUUUAUGCUGACUCUGAUUCAAGUAACUUUUCUAUUUUUAUACGACAAUUAGAUGAUUUAUUGUGUGCAGCUGCAGCAGAAUGUCUAUAACCCACCAGUACAAAAGGAAAGCCCAACUAAUUUACCAGAAAGUUAUGAAAAAGUAGUAAUUUGGCAUUUUGUAAUUUUGUUACUUCAGUUUAGUGGCUUGACAUUGUUGUGAUCAUACAUGCUAAUUUAUUAACAUAUUUUCUCUAGUGGCAUUAUUAGUUUCAUUUAAAGCUUUUUUACCGUGUAUAGUUCUAAAUUAAACUGCUUGAGAAACAGCACCACCUUGUGGCAGGUUCCAGCUUCUGUCUUUUCUACCAUAAACAGAACUCCUGUUUCACUUCAUGUACAUUUUGCACCUUUUCCAGGACUGAAGACAUCAUGAGGACACUUCUGGUUCUGAUUCUCUGCGUCACUGCCGCCGUACUCCGUGCCUCUGACUCUCCUCUUCUGAGCGAGGAAACCCUGAAAAGGCUGUCUGCAGCCGGAGGGCAGUACAUCGACGGGGAAAUAAAGCGAACUUUGCUCGGAGUGAAGCAGGUGAAGGAAAGGAUGGGGAAACGAGAGGAGAAGCACAGACACCUGAUGGACGCCCUGAGACACAGCAGUGACAAGAAGAAGGGGGCCAUGCAGCUGGCCAAGGAGACGGAGCAGAAACUCGAGGAAGCUGAACAGCAAUGUCUAGAUUUAACCAAAUCUGCCUUCGGGGAGUGUCGGCCCUGUCUGGAAGACUCUUGUAAGGCCUUCUACACCUCCACAUGUCGCCGUGGCUUCACCUCUUUCUCAUUCAAGGUGGAGGAGUUUUUUAGGAAAAUGGCCGCCCAGUUGGAGGCGAAGGAGCAGGUUUACAGUCAAAACCAGGAGAAUUCAGGGGGAGACUCCUCAGCUGAGAAGCAGCUCCCAGAGGACAAAGCCAAUCUGGACCUGCUGCAGGCGGAAGCGUCGUUCAGCCAGCUGCAGGCGAACAUCAGCCUCUUGUUCAACCACAGCGUCGCUCUGGCUAAGAAGAUGCAGCAGGUGUUCGGUCACUCGUUCCUGUCAGCCUUCACCGCGGAAGCCCAGCCUAACCCCGAGUCCGCCGCGCACGCUGGCUUCUUCAGGACGGUGGGCCUGGAUCACGUCCUGGAUUCGGUGUACGACUUUGGGAGGAACGUGCUGCAAGAACUCAGCUCCACGGUGGCCGACGCGUUCGAGGAAAUACAGGAAGGAGAAGAGUAUUUGCAACAAUCGAGCAGAGGUAUCGGGUGCACUGUUCUACAAAAUGCUCUAAAACGUUUGCUCACCGUGUGCGCGCCUUCAUGUUAUUUUGUGUUCAUCUACAAAGAUUCGGGAUCGCUGUUCGGAGGGCAGGCUCCAGGUGGAUAUCUGUGCAGACAGCUCCGCAGACAAGUGUCAGAGUGCUGGCAGCUUCAAGACCUGUGUGAGACGUGCAAAGAUUAUCUGUUACAAGAGUGCCCCAGCGUGCAGCAGCUGCACACCGAGAUGGAGGAGAUGCACUUGCUGCUGAACGCGUCCUGCCAACAGUACGACGACAGACUACAGCUGGUCCAGAGACACACGGCGGACACUCAGAGUUGGCUCAGCAACAUGGACGACAAAUACGGCUGGGUCAGCCGGCUGUCCAACAGCACGGUGGGAACGGACAACAUCUUCAGCGUGAUCACGGUGGACACGCAGCAUAUGAAGAAUAACGAAGCUAAAGCUGACAGCAGUGUAGUUGUCUCCAUCCUGGACUCAGCCCCUAUGACCGUAUCGGUCCCAGCAGAUCUGGAGGUGGAUGACCCUGCUUUCAUCGAACACGUCGCUCAGGAGGCUCUGACGCAACAUAAACAGCAGAUAAGAGGAAUGGAACAACGUGACUAAACCCCGAACAGCUUCUUCAGACGCUGAGUAAAAUUCAGUGAAGUUUUCUCACACACUGAAGACGACCUUUAUAAAACUUGAAAAUGCACCACACCUCUAAUCCGUCACACGCACAGCUUGCAUUCCUCUUGUUCAUGUACAGUGUGUUGAUUCUUAGUCUGUUACACGUUUACGCAAUUAAACUGUUCAC